AUGGGGACUGCCAACUUCAUCGCCCAUUCGCCGCCCCCUCCCUGCUUCCGCUCCUCCGCCGCCGCCCCGAAAACCAGGCCAAUCUGCCCUCCGUCGUUUAUCGCCGAUCGGGGAGUAUUCUCUCUCAGACCGAACAACAGACAUCUUCCCUUCGCCGGCGGCUAUGGCUCCCAGCGGCUCCAUCGAGCCCCAAUCUGCUCGCUUUCCCAGCCUCAGUGGCCUUCUCUCGUCGCUAAAGCCUUUUCUGUGCCCUUCUCGUCCUCCGCUUUUCCCUCGCUGCCCUCCAUCGACCUCUCCGUGGUGACCCCUUUGAGCGUCUUCAAAUGGGCCUCCGUCAUCUGCGUGGGCGUCGCCGUCGGGAGGAAGGUGGUGGAGGCCGUUCUGAACCCGUUCUUCUGGAUGUAUUUCAGCUGGACCUGGCUCUUCUGGCCGUGGGUCGUCGCCGUAUCCCUAGGAGUUUACGGGCUGUGCUGCCUCCGCAAGCACGCCGCCGGGAACGCAAGCUUCUUCGAGCAGCUCUGCGUGGUCACCUCUUCGAUUAUGUGGCUCACCCUCGUAGCCCCCGGCCACUUCAACGGGUACCUCGAGGGAUGGCCCGUCGCCUUCUUCUUCGUGUACCACUACUUCUUCUUCUUCGAGUCCACCGUCCGCCGGCGUCUCUACGGCGACCUCUUCCCUCGCCGGCACGACCCCAAGUGGGACCUUACUCUGCCGCCGGCGCUGCGCCUCGCCUUCUCGUCACUCGUCAUGGCCGGGCACUGGCUUGCUGCGUGGGAGGGGCCCGAGCUUCACCUGGUUCCCGGCGGGUGGGCCAAUGUGGGAAUCUGGUUGCUGAUAAUCUCCGCCAUCUUCACAAGGUACCACUCCAUCCUGUACCUCGCCAAGUACUCGGAGAAGGUCUCGGUGCCCACCGCCGUCGCCCAGUUCGGACCCUACCGGUGGGUGCGCCACCCCAUCUACGCCUCCACGAUGCUCCUCUUCUGCGCGUACUGCGUCGCUCUCCGCGCCCCCCUCAGCUGCCUGUUCUUGAUCGGCAUCUGCUCGGCCUACUACGGGCAGAAGGCAGAAUUGGAGGAGAAGCUCAUGGCGGAGACAUUUGGGCAGAAAUAUACAGAGUACGCGAGCAGGGUCAGGUACAAGCUCAUUCCUCUCCUGUACUGA